AUGGAUUUUGGAUAAACAAGAUCUGUUGAAGGAGCGCCAGAAAGACUUGAAAUUUCUGACCGAGGAGGAAUAUUGGAAGCUGCAGAUAUUUUUUACUAAUGUUAUCCAGGCUUUAGGUGAACAUCUUAAAUUAAGACAACAAGUUAUUGCCACUGCUACAGUCUACUUCAAGAGAUUCUAUGCCAGAUAUUCCCUAAAAAGUAUAGAUCCAGUAUUAAUGGCUCCUACGUGUGUGUUUUUGGCAUCCAAAGUAGAGGAAUUUGGUGUUGUUUCAAAUACAAGGUUGAUUUCUGCUGCUACUUCUGUAUUGAAAACUAGGUUUUCGUAUGCCUUUCCAAAGGAGUUUCCUUAUAGGAUGAACCAUAUACUAGAAUGUGAAUUCUAUCUCUUAGAAUUAAUGGACUGCUGUUUGAUAGUAUAUCAUCCUUAUAGACCUUUGCUUCAAUAUGUGCAAGAUAUGGGCCAAGAAGACAUGCUGCUACCUCUUGCAUGGAGGAUAGUGAAUGACACAUAUAGAACUGAUCUUUGUCUGCUGUACCCUCCUUUCAUGAUAGCUCUAGCUUGCCUACACGUGGCCUGUGUUGUCCAGCAGAAGGAUGCAAGGCAGUGGUUUGCUGAGCUCUCUGUUGAUAUGGAAAAGAUUUUAGAAAUAAUCAGGGUUAUUCUGAAGCUGUAUGAGCAGUGGAAGAAUUUUGAUGAGAGGAAAGAGAUGGCUACCAUUCUCAGUAAAAUGCCUAAACCAAAACCACCUCCAAACAGUGAAGGAGAACAGGGUCCAAAUGGUAGCCAGAACUCUAGUUAUAGCCAAUCUUAAGACAUUCCAAAGAAUUUCUUUAUGGACCACUCUGACUCAAGACAUCCUGGGAUCUUUCCUGUGUUCAUGAAGUGGACAGAAGGUUUUGAUACCAUCUUUGACAAAGAACUUGAAGAAUAAAUAGCUUGUUUGUAUCAAGCAUUUGGAAAGCUUUUUCUUUCAAACUGCAUCAUUUUCUCUGACGCUGGAGCCAAUGUACUAAGAUUUUUCAGUGUAAGGAAUCAAACAUUAAACCAAGCUGCAAAAGAUUAACACUAUCCACUCAAAACAAAUAGCUCAUUAUUGGUUUUUUGUUUGCUUGGAGAAAAUUGUAACUUGCCAUUGAAGUGAACUAUUUUUAAAGCAACAGUAACCUGAAGCUUAAGUGUAACUGUAUUAAGGAAUUGUGUUGUCUUCAUUUUGGUUGUGACUGAAGGGAAAUCGUGCACUGUAUGUUCAGUCUAUUCAUUACCUUGAGUUCUGUUGAUUUUAUAAAAAUAAAUAAGGGUUCUGCAACAAGUAACACAGCAAUCCUUCAGCAACAAAGCCUAGAAGAGCCUGCAAAGAAUAUUCUUACAGUUUUAAUGAAAGCUGCAGGAAAGAAAGUGAAUUCCUCUUUUGGAUUAGAAACAUGCUGUUUUACUCAGUAGAUGUACCUGGAUGUUUUUGCCAUGAAGCACAGUAGCCCAGCUUACCAGAGAAGUGCAAUAUGUGUAAUGAUUCUGCAGUUUUCUUCAGCAUUUCAAGUGUUAGGAAUUAAAACCACCCAACAUACUAUGAUUUCUUUCCAAGUAAAUGUACUGUUUGGUACAACUAGAAUAUUUCACAAUCAAAAUACAAAUCUGGAUAUUAUUGCUAUUUUUUAUGGUGAAUUUUAUUUGUACAAAAGGUAGACACUAUUAGUGUGGAUUUUUGUGGUUCAUCAGAGAGUUUAUUUAAGAGGAUCAAGCUUUAGGUGAGCUUCAUACUGGCUAAUUUUAAUUGUCAUGUUAGGAGCAACUCUGUAGAAUAAUUGAAAUGGGAUUCCUUGGUGCUGGAGAAAAUGAGAUUCCUUCCAACAGAAGGGCCAUAUCCUGUGUUCCUUACUCAAGCAGAGAUCCCACUGAAGUCAGGAAUUGGCCUAAACUGAACUACUUGGUUUUUAGAUGACUUUGUGCUAAUUAAGUCUGUACUGCCUCAUUUUGAAAGAUAAUGCCAGCUUGCCCAAGAACAGAAAUUGAAUGUUAA